AUGGAUAUAAAAACCUUGCUGGAUAAUCUUCAUGAUCAAGUAAGCUGUUCUGCGUGCUUGAGCACUUUCACCGAUCCAAGGCAGUUGCCUUGCUUGCACAGUUUCUGUCUUCACUGCCUGAAUGAACUUGCAAGUAUAAGUGACUUCAACGGCCCUUUUUUAACAUGUCCAGAGUGCCGCAAACGUUUUACGAUCCCUGGAAGUGGAAAUCCCAGCGAAUUUCCCAGCAAUUUUCGCAUUAACAGUUUGCUAGAUGUCUUGGCAAUCAAAGAGUGGAAAACCACCAGAGUGAAAUGCGGAAACUGCGACAAACUGAGUGCCCAGACAUCAUAUUGCUUCCACUGCUGUUCUUUCUGGUGCAAUGAAUGCAUUUCAGCACAUAACAUUAUACGAGCCAACAAAGAACACAGAACACUAGCGAUAAACGAUUUUCAAGAUCAAGACAUCGAGGACUUGUUAAGGCGACCAGCAUUUUGCCAGAAGAGACACCAUGAAAAGGAAGUAUUGAGGUUCUAUUGCAAAGACUGUAAAGUCGCUGUUUGCAACACUUGUGUUGUAACACUUCAUGAUGGUCACGACAAAAUGCUUUUACAAGAAGCUACAGAUGCCCGCAGGUCGCAGAUCAACUCCACAAUUGCAUCCUUAAAGGAAAAGGUACUGGAAGAACGAAAGGAAGUCGAAAAAUACAACCAGAAGAUCAUCGAAAUUCAAAUGCAAGUGGCCGACGUGGAAAGCCAAGUGGAGAAGAAUGUAGACCAAAUAAUCGGAAUCGUUAACGCUAAGAAACAGAAAAUUUUGGAUGCUGUCGAUAGUCAAGCGCGAAAAUCGCUGGAGUUUCUCACAUUGAAGAAAGAAAAAGCUCAAAAUAAAGUGAGAUUAGUUGAAAUAGCAACUGAUCAAACUGAAUCACUAAUGAAACGAGGCUCGAGUGUAGAAAUCCUGGGAUUCAAUGAGACAUUUGAUACAAUCCUUCAGAGACAGAGUACCGAAGAAAGUGUUGACUCUGAAGGCAUUUCUCGCUUUAAAUUUACUGAAAGUAAAAAAUUGAUAAGCUUAUUGAACAGUGAGGGGAUAGGUAGCGUAAAAACUGUUUUGUUCGAAGUCUAUAAAGAUCAACAAUUAGAAACUAAAUGUAACGAAAGUAGUGAAGCAAGUGGUGGGAUGGAAAGAGCAAAUGUUCGUGGCAGUCCUUUUGAGCCGGUUCAGAAACAAACCAGGCGUUUCAAAUCCGUGCUUUCGUUUGUUGAGGUGCUUUCCGAGCCUUGGGGAGUGGCAGUGAAUAGUCGUGAUGAAAUUGCUGUGAGUGAGCACGGGAACUGCAGGAUCUCAUUAUUUAGCCGUGACGGUACUUACUUAAGAUCGUUUGGUAAAAGGGGUAAGAAUAACGGUGAGUUUAGUUCCCCUUACGGAAUAAUAUUUGACAGAAAUCACAAUAUUUUAGUGGCAGACUGCCAUAACUCAAGGGUACAAGUCUUUGAUCGGAAUGGUAACUUUUUGCGAAAGUUUGGUGAACGAGGUCGUCUUGAUCACCAACUUGACAAACCAGUAGGCUUAUCAAUAGACGACAACGAUGAUAUUAUUGUUACUGACCAAGGCUACUUGAACAGUGUAAUCAAAAUAUUCUCUCCUAAUGGAAAAUAUUUACGUAAAUUUGGCGGCGAAGGAGGUUCCUUGACACAGCCCUAUCAUUGUAUCCAAAACGGUCAAUAUUUUAUAGUCUCAGACACUUGUUCUAUUAAAAUGUUUAAUCUUGAUGGAAAAUUUAUUUAUACAUUUGGAAAGAAGGGGGUAAAUGACGGAGAAUUGAAUAAGCCCCGGUACCUGUCAGUUAACAAAGACGGAUUGCUAAUUGUCUGCGAUUCAUACAAUCACAGAGUUCAGGUGUUUGAACUGCCGAGUGGAAAGUUUGUUACAAAGUUUGGAUGCAAAGGUAGCAAGAGAGGAGAGUUUCGUACUCCAACUGCUACCGCCAAUCUUAGUGAUGGGAGGAUAGUUUUGUGUGACAAGCUGAACAAUCGAAUCCAGAUAUUUGACCAAAUGUGAUAUGACUCGCUCUUGCCUUUACUAUGCAAAAGUAUGAACUACUUAUUCGCAUUUGUGACAAAACAAACAAAAGAAAACGUUUUUUAUUAACUUUGCAUGAAUAGUAGGUUCCAUUGAUUGUAGUUUUCCGUUAGCUGACCUUAUAACUGUAAUAAGUUGUAAAUGUAAUUAUCUCAAUAACAUAUUUUAAUUUCUACAUAGAUUUUUAAUGUUUUGAAUUGAAUAUAAUGUAAUUUUGUAUGAUUCCAGACUUUUUUUUUUUUUUUAUGAGUGGUUCGUGCACAUCAAACAACCGUGAAAUAGUUUUCUUCAGGCUAUAAUCAAAGUCAUGUAAUUCUUUUGUCUUUGUAAACAAAGGUGUAAUUGUCGGUGAUCUGGCGAUUACUAAAUAAUGUAGCUCAACAGUCUGUCAAUGUAUGGUAAUGGUGCAAAGAAUGGUUAAAAGUGCGCCAACAUUUUGCCUUCUGAAGAUAUCAAUUUGCGGAGGGUUAAAUUGAUUAAAAUUAGGCCCGGGGGGUUUAAUGGCACUUGCGCCUUGAAGUAAGUGUCUUGCCACUUUUGCCCAGGCUUUUGCCAAUACCAUGUGCAAAUGCAAGACCAGCUAAAACGUGAGCACCACGUCGCCCCAUGUAAUGGAAUCUUGGAUUCUGGAUUCCAAGCCGUGGAUUCCGGAUUCCAGGUACUGGAUACCAGUCUUCGACAGUGGAACUCGGAUUAUGGAUUCCUAUCGUUCGAGGGAUUCUGGAUUCCUUGAGCUGUAUUCCGAAAUAAGGCCCAGGAUUUCAGAUUCCAUAAGCAAACGUUUCACGUAAUCCGGAUUCCACGAGCAAAAAUUUCCCGGUUCCAGCACCGCAUUCCCUUACAAGUGGCAAACCACGCUUUUUGAAGAUUCCUUGAAGAAUAUUGGUAACCCCAUCGUAGUGCGAAGUUUUCCUCAUACCGGAGAUGUUGCCGUACGUACGGGCAGACUGUUUCGGAGCAGGAGACAGCGUAAGGACAUGCAGAAGCAAAAGGCCAUCAAAAUGUGUCGAAGGGUGAUUGAGAUGUGUGACAGUUGUAACUUGAGCUGAUAAGGAUUAGACGCGAUCAAGAGAGAAUAUUAAUGGAACAGUGAGGGAAACGUCCAGUAUAGCCCUUGUGAUAUGUGAAUUUCACCAAAGUUGUUUUUAGACCACUUCUGGUUUUCAGUCUCACGCCAUCCAAAACCAUUCGACAGAUAAAUUCCAGAAUCUGGUAAAUGAAAGGAGGUAAAUAUACAAAGACCCUCCCCAACAUUUGGGUCGAAGGAGUAAAUCGUAUACGAGAUACCCGAGGAAGUGUUUUACCCAAAUUUAUAGAGCGUUGUAUGGAGACGCCAUGCUGGAGCUCAUACGGAUGAGCUCCAACAUGGCGGACGGAAACCAACAGAAACAUCUGUUACCGAGCCUUGCUACAAAAGCGUGAAUUAGAGGAGGAACCCAUAAACAUUAAAGUAAUACUUUUUCUAACACUCGAACUGAUUAGAUAGCAAAAUUCUUCGAAAAAAGCCACCUUUUUAACCUAAAUGACAGCUCUCUCGGCCGUCAUGAGUAUGCUGCGUCACGCAAAAGCUUAGAAAUUCAAGCGUACUUUAUUGCAAAACGAAGAACCAUUUGGAAGCGAAAAUUUGUUAUUAAAUUAGUUUUCAGCUGCUCUAAUACACCAUGAAAGUAAAAUCUCAGUAGGAUCGAUAGUUUUGUAGUUUGAAUUUUAGUGACGUCACGUGAAGACCAACAAUAAACGCUUGAAAUUAAUUAACGUUUGUUUCAGGAGGGGUCCGCAAAUUUUUAUUCACUGUUUUCAACAGAGAAUUUAAUAAAUGCCAUAACAAUAUACUUCAUUGCUUGCUUUGAGGCAGUCGCGCAAAACAAUCGAUUAAAUUGUACAGACGUCUCAGGAAUUUUACGCUUAACUACAACCUCUAAAAAUAUCUGUAGUGAAAUUCGCACAUAUUUUUUUAAUGAGUGGUUCGUGCACAUCAAACAACAGUGAAAUUGUUUUCGUUCUACAGGGGCACCCAACGGGAAAUUUUGAGAAAAAGACCUAAAAACAACAACAAAGCGUGAUAAAGUUUUCUGAGAAUAUUUUAAGCAUUUUGGGAGAUUGCUGGAAAAAAAUUAUCUGUUUCUCACUCCCAGCAAGACUGAUGGAAGAGUUCCCAGCCAGCAACCUUACAACCUGCAACCUGACUUACUGGGAAGUUUUAUAGGGCGCAAUUCAGAUCUUGAGUGGUAAGUAACCCAUACAAGUAACCCGUAGCAGCUACUCUAGACUUCAAAUCCCCUCUGACACCCUGAAUUAUCUUUUUCCCAGCAACACUUUCCUUCCAAGGGCUAUUAUUUCUUCCACAUCUCCCAGCCAGCAAAAAUGUGCCUGAAGAACAGAUAUUUUGAGGAACAGAUCCAUUGGGUGCCCCUGUUUCUACGGCCCUGAUGCUUGUGUUGAUCGGAGUGUGUUGUUUCCUGCACACAUUACACUUAAGAAAACCUGAUUUCAGCCAAUGAAAAAGAGUGUUGAGAAAGGGUAAUUCUAUUAUUCUGACUCACAAAUACUGAACUUCACGAAUGGGUCCCCUUGUUUGAUGUGAGUAGUGAAAUGUGAGAAUGAAAUGAACAAACGUAUCUCCUCAUAUCGGUGCUGCUAUACUCUUAGAGUAGAACGAGGGUAGGAAGAAAGACACUCUUGCUCAAAGCCCUCAGUAUGUUAAGGUUGGCUACUACUGGAGGUAGGCGAUUCCUCAGUUAACCUCGUUCCCGGCCAGGUCUUUUUGAGUGGCCCACGGGCACUUAUUCGAGGUGGGUGCUUAUUAAAUUUUCACCAUUGUCAUUAAAACAAAAACAUGACAAGAGGCGAAGAUGAAACAAAGUAGAAUUUUUAUUAUUAAUUGAAAUUUUCUUGUAAAUGCUAAAACAACAAUUUCAAUCUCAUUGUCAGUAAAAACGUUAAUCAUUGAUUUUUCUGGCGCUGCCUCCUCGAUGUCAGACAGCGUAACGUCUUCAGAUGGGUCUUUGACUGUCCACAAUGAAUUUAGAGAUUAGAGACUGUAAGACGGCACAGGGAUGAUAAUCAAUAUUUUUUUUUACAUUAGCUUGGAUUCCUUUGUUCUUUUCGGGGGGAAUAUAUUACAUAACCCCCGAAUCAACUGUCUGAAAAGCUGGGUGCGGCUUUGAUUGUUUGAAGGGAAGAGCGGGGCUAAUGAACAGCUAAUUGAAAUGCGAGGGGAUUAUAUGUAUUAAUAUGCAAGGGGAUAAGUCACUUAUCCCCCUUGCAUAUUAAUACAUAAUCCCCUAACAUUUUAAUUAGCUUUUCAUAAAGAAAAAAAUUAACAAAUUUUUAUUGGAAAUGUUAAACACGGCACUAUAAUUACUAAAAUUAAAGUGAGCUGCGUCUCUUUUGCGCCACAUUCACGGAUAUUCUUAGUUGUUGGUUCAUCGAUUUCCACAGCCAGAACGACAGUCCGAAAUUGUCAUGUAGUUGACCUCUUUGUGUUUUGUGGUAUUCUUGCUUCAUUCCUCGACUGAAUUUCUUUGUAGUGAUCACUCGCCCGGAAUCUUCUUUGUCUGUAAACAUGCAGGUCGGUUGUAACAUCGUCGGUACGAUAAUUGAAAUUGUCAACUGCUUGACAGUUGUCUGCACCCGCAAAUGAAGAUUCAAAAUUGUUUUCCCAAAGCUCAAUUGCAGUACCCCCACCGAAGCUGCUUUAGUUUGAGUAAUAAACGGCUCUACUUCUGACUCUGAAUCGCUCGACACUGCUAGGCUCUUUAGGCUGUUUCUAGCAUUCACUGCGAACAACUAAUUUGAAAUGCGACUUUGAAAAACUAACAAAAAAAGCCAAGGAACUUGUCAAUGCCACCAGUGCCAGCAUGGAGCGUUAAAAAAACAAAAGAAAGAUGAACAACAGAGGCAUUUUUCGUCAAUGCACUUUUGCAUCCCUUGAGGAAUCCUGGCCAAUGUAAAAAUAAGCCGUUUAUCCUCCUUCAGCUCGUGGUUUAUGUGAUUUAUUCCCCUCGCUUCACGCCGAUAACCCUUACAUAUGUCCGCAACAUUCAAGAAAAAAAGGAGAAACUAAGACGCGCUUGAUCUCUCCCCAACUUUCGCGCCAUUUUACACGAUCCCUGCUUGUGAUCAUCUUGGAGCGUUUUACAGGCUAAGGCUAGGAGAUUAACCUUAGCUUUGGAAGUUUUUGGAGUAAUUUGGCUUUUUACAAGUUGCUUGUAUUGUACAAAUGCUGUCAAGAGACUGACGAAACAUAAAGCUUUUGUCGAAUUAUAUAAACUUAGUGAACGAUAAAAGAAAUCAGACUGUGAUUGACAGUUGAAUAUAAAACAUACACCCAAGGCGGAGUAACCGGUGAAGCGUAUAGUAUACUUUGGAAUUCAUACUGAAAAAAACAAAGAUUGGGUUGGAAGAAUUCAAUUAAGUCUCAAAUCAAGACUCCAUUGUUCUUUUAGUUUUCAAAGUCAACAAGUCUACUUUGACCGUUGGUUGCAUAUUUUUUGUCAUGGAUAUAGAGAUGGAGUCGAAAAGCAAACUUCGUGAUGAAGUUUGCUGUUCUGUGUGCAUGUUAACUUUUACUGAUCCAAAGCAGUUGCCUUGCUUGCACAGUUUUUGUCUUCACUGCUUGAAUGGGCUUGUUAGAACAAGUGACUUUAACGGCCCUUUUUUAACAUGUCCGCAAUGCAACAAACGGCUUAAGAUUCCUGGAAGUGGAAGUCCCAGUGAACUUCCUAGCAAUCUUCGCAUAAACAGUUUGCUGAAUAUCUUGGCAAUCAAAGAGUGCAAAACCAAAACCGCUGAGGUGAAAGUAAAAUGCGAAAACUGCGACAAGCGGAGCGACAAGACCUCAUAUUGCUUCCAGUGUUCUUCUUUCUGGUGCGAAGAAUGCAUUAUAGGACAUAACAUUAUCCGAGCUAAUAAAGAACACAGAACACUGGCGUUAAACGAUUUUCAAGAUCAAGACGUCGAAGACUUGUUAAGGCGGCCAACAUUUUGCCAGGAGGAAUACCAUGAAAAGGAGGAAUCGCAAUUCUUUUGCAAGGACUGUGAAGUCGCUAUUUGCAACACUUGUGUUUUAACACUUCAUGACAACCACAGCAAGAUGCUUUUGCAAGAAGCGAAAAAUGCCCGUAAGACAAAGAUAAACUCUGUGAUUAAAUCUUUAAAAGAAACAGCACAGGAUGGCCGUAGGGAGGCAGAAAAAUUUGACCUGAAGAGCGCCGAAAUUCAAAUGAAAGUAGCUGACGUGAAAGGCAAAGUACAGACGAAAGUGGACCAAAUUAUCGCGACCAUCGAAGCGAGGAAACAGGAUAUUUUGAACGCAGUCCGAAGCCAAGCGAGCAUAUCAUUGGAACCUCUCACAAAGGAAAAAGCCGAAGUUGAAAAUCGAGUGAAGACAUUGGAUUCAGCAAUUGAACAAACUGAAUUUUUAAUGAAACAAAACUUCAGCACCGAAAUCCUAGGAUUCAAUGAAACAUUUCAUACAAUUCUUAAUGAAGACAACACACAGGCAAACAGUGACUCUGAAUUUAUACCUCUGUUAAGUUUCAGCAAAAAUGAAAACUUGAUAAGCGUGUUGAACAGCGAGGGGAUAGGUGAUUUAAAAACCGUUUUAGCAAAACUGAAUCGCACUUUCAGGCCUUUGUUAUCCUUUGGACAAAAAGGUAAGUCUGUUGGAAUGCUUCACUUUCCCUGGGGGGUGGCAGUGAAUAAUCAUGAUGAAAUUGCUGUAAGUGAGUGUGGUAACCGCAGAAUUACAAUAUUUAGUAGUGAGGGCACCUACUUGAGUUCUUUUGGCAGAAGGGGGAAGAGUAAUGGUAUGUUUAUAGUCCCAUCAGGGAUCGCUUUUGAUCGCGAUAACAAUAUUUUAGUAGUGGACAGUUUUAAUCAUAGGGUGCAAGUUUUUGAUAGGAAUGGUAACUUUUUAAGGAAGUUUGGUGAAGAAGAAAGUCUUGAUCACCAACUUAAACACCCUAACGGUUUAUCAAUAAACGGCAACGGUGAUUUAAUUGUUUCUGACAGCGGCAACAAAUUCAUCAAGAUAUUUUCUCCCAAUGGGAAAUUUUUGCGUAAAUUUUGCGGAGCACGUAGUUUGCUCACGCCCUUUCACUGUAUUCAACUCGGUCAAUUUUUUAUAUUCUCAGACUGGAGUGAUCAUUCCUUUAAAAUGUUUGAUCUUGAAGGAAAUUGUAUUUCUAAAUAUGGAAAUCAGAGAAAAGGGGACGGAGAGUUCUUCGACCCUCGUCACUUUUCAGUGGACAAAGAAGGAUUGUUAAUGAUCUGUGAUGGAUGUAGUCACAGAGUUCAAGUAUUUGAACUGAAUGGAAAGUUUGUUACAAAGUUUGGGAGCAAAGGUAGCGAGAGAGGAGAGUUUAAGUUUCCAAAUUCUACUGCAAAUUUGAGUGAUGGAAGGGUAGUUGUAUGUGACUCAUGGAACCACCGAAUACAGAUAUUUGACAAGAUAUGAUGGUAUUAGGGCGAGUUUACCCAUAAAAGAUGUAGCCGUAAUACCAAUUAAGUUCAAAAAUUAAAAGAGCUGGGUUUUUUUAUGCAGUUUGUACAAGUUUCAGACCUUUGCAAUCAGAAACAAAGGAAAUAGCAGCAAUUAAAAACUGCAAAAUUAUUGAGUGGCAAAAAAAGGCGUUAAUGAGCUCAUACAUUCUUUGUAAAUUUGAGGGUUUUUCAAAGAGAAUUUCUUCGAAACUAUUUAUUUGGCAUAUAUCGCUAAAAUUUUCAGAGAUAACUGAAAUGGGUACUAUGCUCUUUCAAUAUUCAGAAAUGUUACUUUAUUAGCUUCAUUAGAUAAUGAUAAGCCUGUGCUACUUUGAGGCAAAAAAUGUAAACAAGGAUUCGCCUAUAUGAUUGAGGUUAACUUCUAGAUAUGAAAAAACAAAUUCUAUAACUUAAUCUAGGGUAAGAAAAUUGUUCGAACAAAGAGUCUGGCAAUAUAACACUUUGUUAUUGAUGUCAUCAAAGGUUGCCCCUCGUAAACAGUUUUCUGCAAUAUAAAGAAAGCAACUGUUACAGCUUUACUGUAAAUAGAAUUAUUGCAAUUGCUAAAUGAAAUGGCCUUCAGUUGGUAAUUUAUAUCCUCUGUUAAGUUUCUCAAUCCGUUUUCUUUUGUUUCAAUCUCGUUAUCGUGCAUUUAAAUGUUGUAAAGUACGUAUUUGGAAAGUUAUUUUUAAUAUUUGUCACAUCUUUUAAGUUUCUGUUUUGUUUCAUUAUAGAAUCGGUAAAGGUUAGUCUUGAUUUUUGUCUCAGUCAUAGGUAUAUGUAUUUUCCUGUUUUGAUCUCAGUUUGAUCUACUUUCAUCGAGUUUUUGUUUAGCUUGCGAAUUUCGUUGCUUGCCAUUGACAGAUGUUAGUUUUCAUAGGUGGUCGUGUUUGUGAUGUUAGAGCUGACCUUGGUUCGCCUUUAAGUUCCUGUUUGGGUUUAUUAACUGCAUCGUUUUUGUUUUUCAUUGGUUUAUUUAUACCUUCUUGCUGAUAGCAGCCAUGUAGGUUAAGCAAUACCAAAACAUUACCCACACCGAGUUUACCUUGUUUUUUUUUCCCACGGUCAACUAAUCCAAACAUGUCCAGCUUUGGUUAUGAAAACGUUUACUAUUUGACUUGUUAGUUAGAGAACAGGAGUAAGGGAAAUAGAGAAUAAGAGUAACAAAAUUAAGAGUAUAAUAGCACUUUUAGCAGAAGCUAAAGAAGAAUAAAGACCAAGAUGUAAAUCAGAUUCCUGGUUCCUUAUCGUGUAUAGCCUGUGAGAAAUCUAUCCGGGGCGCUCUGGCGGCGGGGCGGGAAAAUGAAGGAGAGCUUGCAACUACGUCUCUGAAAGUGAAUUCUACCUCCGUCAACUGAGCUGUCAGAUUUCUACCAAUCAGCGUGAAACGGAAAAGAGUGCGAAAGUAAAAAAAAAAACGUUGAGAAAGGGGUAAUGACGUCAUUAAUAAUGUCACCUCCGCCUAUAAGUAUAUCGAAUGGACUUUUUCGAUGCAGAUCAGUUCAAAUUCCAGAGACGUAGUUGCAAGCUCUCCUUCCUUUUGCAGGCUAUAUCGUAGGCUACAUCGUGUAGCGAGCGAGUCACAAGAACACACCUCCACAAUUAGAUAUAUAGCGUCUUCUUAAAUGCCUUAACAGUUAUUCAGUAGCGGAGAAUGUAGUUAAAUUUGCACUUCUGUGCAAGAUUGAAUUCUAAUUAAUUAAGUCAGAGUAAGUUGGAAACGUUAUUUCCUUAUACACUUCCUCAACAGUAACACUUUUUCUUUCUCUUGCGUGUAAGUGUAAUUAGUCAAAAUACAUUAACUAAUUAGUGUACCAAACCAGGUUCGACGCUGAAAUAAAAGAUAAUCUAAUAGAAACAGUAAUAUUUUUUGUUGUUGUUUUUUUUUGCCAGAUCGUCAUAUCCUUCAUUGUCGCAGUCUUCAGAAAAAAAAUGGCGUUAUAAUGGCGCAAUACAUUAAUUUUUUUUGUCUCGCGCGCCCGAUUUUUCAAAUAACUUUUGUUAUAACAUAACAAAAGUAAAGCGCACGCUCUUAUUGAGGAGUACGGCGAAAGCUAGCUCGCGCUCAAAGAACUACGCGUCACUUUCUAAGGGAGUGUUUUUAUGAGGGAAGAAAUGGAAAUUUUUUCGGUCAAUUUUACAUGCUUUGUUACCUUGUCUCCGGCGUCUUUUGCUGAAUUGAUAUCAUUCUGAUAUAGUUUGAAUUAUCCCCCAAUCUGCACAAGUAAGCGGGCAAAGUUGUUCUAGACAAUUAAAACUAAUGACGUCACAAGCGAUCGAAGGGAAGUGGAUCCGCGCAGGUGGUUACGGACAGCUUAGGGGCGAAUGGGUUAAGUUGGCUGACGCGCGCUAAGGUAAACGAAACUUUCGGCAUUAACAGAGGAUAUGGCGGCAAUGUACGAGAAAUUUACCGACCCUACCCCUCACAGUUUUGUGACGUUUAGUAGCACUACCAAAUUAGGACUAGGACUACCAAAUAAGGCAAUGAACAACGCGCGAGUAAGCUAGAACAGGACGAGACAAAAAAAAAAAGGGUGCUAGUUUUCUUUAUAGGGUUUUCAUCGAGUAUUGUGAGAUUUAUUGUGAGUUCUUUCGGAGAGAAUAAACCAGGAAACCGUGUUGUUGUGAGUUCUGUAGGCUGUUUUGUUGUUCAGCUCAGAAAUAUUUUUAAGCCUGGUAUGACUGAUUAGAAUGGUAAGUGCAUUCAGUAAAAGGAAAAGCACUGGGGGAGUCUUCUUACUGCCCCGUCCACACGUAGUAUCCAGAUAUUUUUGAAAACGCGGAUAUUUUUUCUCCUUUUCCAAAUAUUACGCAUCCACACGUGGCGUAUUAAAAUCGCUUUUGUCCAUACACACGAAAACGUUAAAACGAUGCACAUGCGAUAGCGUCACUUACGGAGCCUGCGUUUAAUGAUGCAUGUCAACAUCAUUGCAUUCGAAAACCACCUUUCUCGUUCUUCCAUGCGAAAACAGCAAUCCGGCGUUUUCAAAAAUCUCCACGUUCAGUGUGCCCAAAAGGGUAUUUACGCAUGAAGGGAAGGCUAAACGGAGUAAAAAGUAUGAUUUUUCAAAAAUAUCAAUGUAAGUGUUGACGGGGCCUAAGGAGAAAGAAACUUUUACUUUGAAAAAUAAACAGAGCCCUUGUAGAAUAGUAUAUCUCUGUUCUAUAUCUUACAAGUUAACUUCCCUGCGAAUUAGUUCUUUUAACUUCGUUCCAGGGCAAUUAACGCGGUUAUGUUUCUGUCCAAGCGAAUGCUGAGGCGGGGACAAAUUCUUCAUGAAGGGGUGGGGGAAGAUUUCCCUAAGCCCCUCCCUUUUAAUUCUGCUCUUGUCUCAACUAGCGCAAUUAUCCAUUUAUGAUGUCAUAUCAUAACAAUUAGAGCCUCAUGAUGUACUUUCUAAUUAACAAUUACAACUAGUUGAUUUUCUCCUUGUUUUCAUGUCCAUCUCCCGAGGAGCCAAACAUUGCCGUUGUCUUCUUAAUCAGCGCUGGUAAUGAUAAGCUUGAUUGGAAAAUGGAUCUACACAGAAAAAGAAGAUACAAACCUGUCUCAGGAAUGUUACGUUGGGGAGUUAGAGGAUGGUGAUUGGCUGCUGGUCGAUGUGAAAUUGACAAAUGACGACGCAGCGUUUUUGAAAGAAUGCGUCGUGGUUCCAUGUGUUAAGCAAAAGACUCAGGAUGGCGAAGAACCGCUGCUGCUCAAUGCAGCACGAAAAAGCGUAAACAAAUCGAAUGUGGAGAAGCGACAAAAGUAUUUUCAUGGAAAGAUGGUUUGUCGCAUGUUUCCAAGGAAGAUGGUACAACCAUAUAAGGUUGACCGUUCGUUAAAGUACAAGGAGGAUGAUCUUACUUCGUGGGAUGACGGACGAUUUCAACGGUCGAACCACUGGAUCGAAACGAUGUCGUUUAAAAUACCACGGCCACUGUGCAAACCGGGAAAGAUUCUACCUGCUCGAGUUAAUGUUAAAAGGUGGGAGAUUCUGUACUACCGUAAAGUUCUGUAAGUAAUGACCCUCGUUAUUUUCAGAUUUAGCAGCCUUUUCGUAUGGCUACUCUUGGGGGGUCGCUACUUUGGGAACUUAACGGUAGUAAGGCCCCGUAUUUUUUUAUGGAUGUUCCGGAUAAAAGGGUCAUCUGCCUAUCCCAGCUACCCUGAUCUAGCCAUCGUUUCAAGGAUUUAACGCCCAACUCUUUUUAAAUAAGAAACAAAAAGUUGGCUCAGCUAGGAGGAUGGUCCACUUUGCUAAGUCAAUGACAUCCUUGUUUACGGUAGGGCCAGGGUCGGACCGACUUUUCUCGAUCUAACCCCUUUUGCUCGCCCAGCCGGGUCAACUUAGUCAAGGUGAGGCAAUCAGGGCAUGCACGAGCGCUAGCUGUUUUAGACAAUUAGAGCAAUGAGAAAUGAGUUAAUGAACAGACGAUAAGCGCUGGAAUUUUUUGGAAAGAUACUGUUUGAACAAGUGCCAUCACACUGACGGAAGGUGACAAAGACACUACACGGCCUAGCCUGACAGCAACCUCUCCUUUUUGAGCGGUGAGCAAAGCGAGCCGCGCGAGGCGCGAGAGCGCGUGAGUUCUCAUGCUUGACUACCCCAAACGGAGAGCUUGCUCACAUAUGGCCAGUCCAGCUGACUACAUUUUUCCAGUUAAUUUUCAAUUCAUUUAAUUGCCAUAACAACUACGACGAUUAUAUGUUUUUAUUUAAGAGUGUGUCCAUGAGAAGACCAGGCAGAACCAGGCAGGGGGUGAUAAUGCUCAAAUCACCGAUUUCGCUCAAACUCGGCACAAAUGUUAGGUAUCAGGAGUUAACUUAUGUGAAAGAAUGUCAGGUCCAAAUAUUAAAUUCCCUGGGAGAUCCGGGCUCCCCCUGUAAAAAUCGCCAUUUUGCCCGUUUUAUGCAUAAUUAAUUAGCUAACUUUACAAUGCCAGUGCAACAAACAGAAAAGCCACCCUGAACUUAAAUGCACUGAGAGAUGAUCUGAGUUCAUAAGACUUUAAGCACGUUAAACUGUUUAAAGUCGCCGAUUCGAUUUCCUCCCUCUUAGCCCCCUUAGGUUGGGUCAUCAUUUCCAAGUUUUGAGUAAGUCGUAAAAUUAGGGUAUUUUAUUCCCAAAUAUCUCUGAUGAGCAACAGCUUAUCUUUAUAACUUUUGCAUGAGUAGUUAAAGCCAUCACUUAAGUUGAGAAAAAGAUCAUAAAAAGUUUGAGCAAUUCACUUUCUUCCAUGUGUUGACAUAAACUGUUCAUGUGACUGAACGACUUUUGCAUAUUUCAUCAAAAUUCAGGCCCUCACAAUAUUCGUGUGUUUGCCUUUGAAUGAGGAGAAAUCAAACAAAAAAACUCAUCAGACAAUGAUUUAACAUUAAUAAGGGUAAAAUCGUUGAAAUUGUUGUGCAAGAAACCCUAACGAUGAUUUUUGAUAGCUAUAUAAGCGAUCUUUUCAACUAAAAACAACAUACAAAGAUUUAAUUCACAGUUUUACUUACGUUAACAAUUUCGCCCUAAAAACAAUAUAAACGGUCAAUAAAAUCCAUAUACGUAUCUCUUAGAUGUUUCAACUGCUAGUUUGUGCACGCUUUGAUUUGUUACCCAUGCCACCUUCGAUGUCCAGUUAAGCGUAGUUCAGCGCCGUGACUCGCUGUACGACUAAAAUUCCUUAGCCAUCAGUUUACGCACCAAAAUCCAAAUCAAGUUGUUUUAGGAGAAAACAAUACGAAAAGUAGAAAGCCGAUUUUUAACCCAUUGAAAGAAUUAUUUCUGCCACUGUUGUAGCUCAAUUCACAUGUUACAAACGUCCGCCAUCUUUGACAUUAACUGGAGCCCGCAUUUUUAAGCAGCGGUUGCCACCAUACGGAAACAUUGUAUCGGGAGUCAGGAGCCAGGAGCCAGGAGCCAGGAUCCAGGAGCGAGAGUCCAGUGAACAAAAUUCAGUCGAAAAUAUGACUUUCCGACAUUCUUUGAGAUUAUUUUAUUGUUAUUGUAUGCUAAUAAAUAAUUUAGAAUUCCAAAUCUAUUGGCAACUUUAUUCAGACCAUGAUAAUAAAUGAUCCCAUGUCUUCUCAAACUCGAAGAUAGAAGUCGCUUUGUCUUCGUGUUUUGGAAAGAACUAUUUAUUGUAUUUUAGUCGCACGUGAAAUAGCAGCGAAGUGAAGUCGGAUCUUCGUGCAGACCAGUUCAAAGAGACAAAUAAAGCGUGAGACACGUCCAAUUUGGCUUGCGACAAGAAUACCAUUUUUUUUUCAUACUGGAGUCCCUUCUCCCCAGGGGAGUGGCCAAAUUGCGUACAAAUGCCCUACCCUGCUGGCACCAGAUUUGACUGUCAUAAACACUGAAUUUUUUAUCUAGCACUGUCGUUUGCGGGUCUUAUUAAGCCUAACUGUGGCAGUAAUGUUCCCAAGUAGAACUCAAAAUACACCACACUUUCACAUUGAGUUAGAUAUUUUUCUCAAACAACCGCUUCCAUAUGUUUAACACCCUUCCCAAAUUGUAAUACAGUGGAAGCUCUCGUAAGAGGACACCCUCGGGAAGAGAAAAAAGGCGUCCUUAACUGGAGCUGGCCGCUUACAACAAUGAAUCUCAUACGGUAACUCUGAAACGGAUAUAUAAGAAUGAUUCAUAACAGUGACAAACAGCAAUGACUGUGGACAUGAUAAAAAAAAAAAAACAACAACAACAACAACAUUAAGAGGUGGAUAAGAUUUUCUUUCGAGUGUCUGCUUACGAGAGCUUUAAAUCAAAGCUAACAUCUAAUUCACCGGUAAACCCUUUAAGUGUCCGCGGCCGCCUACGGGAAUGUAAAAAUCCAGAGUUUGUGUGGAAGUUGAAACGGGAUUUUGUGAUGGCGGUCGUAAGUAGAGCUAUUCGCUAUAUACGAGAGUGUCCGUUAAGAGAACUUAAUCCACUGUAUGAAUCCGCAAAUGACAGCUUAAAUGAGAAGUUAAUAUAGUGUAUUAGUCUGUGUUCAAGAAACUGUUCUUUUACACCUUCCUUGAAUAGCUAAAGAAGUCUUGUCGACUGUUUUUUGCCGUGUAUUAGUGCCUCCUUUUGGGUCUUUUGUAUUCCUCAGAAGUUUUUCCUCAACACUUUUAUAAACGGUUAUUAUUAUAUUUUUGUAGUCAAUAAUAUACCCAGAUACAGAUACCAACCUGUAUAGUUGUAAGACUACGAGGAUUAAAAUACAAGUAAGUAAGUCAGUAUACCCAAUGGCAAGUCAUUAAUUGUCUAAAAAUUGCACGGCACGGUCUGACUACGAAAAGGGCUAUUAUGGACGAUUAUUAUCAUGGUAAUUAAUGUCAACACCGAAUAAACUCAAAAUUUCAAGUAACACGACUUUCGCAACCUAUUUUCAACACACCAGUUAUAACAGGAUAUUGGCGCGUACAAACAAUAGGUAGCGUAUUCCGCAUUCCGGAGUCCGGUAGUCCGGCGUCACAGAUUCCAUCGUUUUGGCAGAGUCCAAAGUCAAAGAUGGAGGGUGUUCGAGCAGGUGGUUGUUUUCCGUAGAUAUAGACGGAUUGUCAGUGAUCUUUCUUGUCCUUUGAGAAUGAUUUUGUUCAUUCUGACUACAACUUAUUUCAAAGACUUCGAAUGUUCGGUGAAAAGCCGACACUUUUAAUUUUGCAAUGUUUCAAGAUGUUUCGAUUUCAUUACCUCGUCACGAAGUAACGCCACAGAGGACCAGACGAAACUGGAGCAGCAAAUCUGAACUAAAGCAUCUGAGAGACGUGUAUGUAACAUUUAUUCAUUUAUAUCUUUUAUCCUUGUUGGGUCUUGUUUCACCUACAAGUUGGACCGAUCGAGGUUUUGAACUAAAUCUUUUGCUCCUUGUGUUUACUCAAGCGUUCCAUAAAAUAUCCAUCCAAACGUCCAUAAAUAACACAGAAAACAUGCCUCAGGUGACACUUUCUAACAAUUCCGCUAUUAGUAUCGACAAUGAGGCAUCUGAUUUGUGACUUCUCGCCAACUUUGUGCUAUUUUUGUUUAGAAAAACGAAUGUUACGUUUCCUCGUAUUUUGGUCAAAUGACAAAAAAGAGUCAAGUCAGAUGUACAUAAUACGUCAUUAUUGAUAAAGUAUGAGAUUGCCCAAAUAUUUUAUGAUUGAUUUGAUAACCUUAAAGAUGUCUUUCAAAGAAUAUGUGAGAAUUAAGUACAUAGGUUGUUGCUCAUGGGAGAUGUUAGCCACUAAAAUACCUUAAAUUUAGGGUUUGGUCAAAACAGUUAGAAGAUGUCUUUACUUUAGGCUAAAUAAUAGGAAGAUAUGGAAUUAGAGAGUAAAAAUAAAUUACUGAGCAUUAAGUCUGAUAAACAUAGAAGAUGAUAAAGUUGAUUAGAUUUGAAGUUGUCUUUUCUUCUUGUUGAACAGCCAAACCAAAGUUAGCUAAUUAAUUAUGCAAAAAUGAGUAGAUUUUGUCGUUUUUAGGGGGGGUCCCUGUAAAUCCCAGGGAAUUCAAUAUUGCGACCUUAUUUUUUGUCGAGGUUAAUAUCUCACCACACCCAUCAAUUGUGCCAAGUUUGAGCGAAUUCCGUGAUUUGAGCAUUAUCACUGCCUGCCUGGUUCUCUCAUGGACACACUCUUAAAUCUGUCUUUCAUUAUCCCCACAUCAUCAUCUUUCCAUAACUACAUUUUGUUAAACUUUUUAACUUUUUGUAAAAUUUCAUUCUCAGCAUCAAGUCACCGGUUAUGUUAUCGAUGAAAACUUGCGAACAGGUAUUUACACCAACAAAGAUCCAAGACCCAAACCUAUUUGUUGAGAACCUCAACACCUGUAAAUCUCUCGUCAAAUUUGAGCCUUCGCCUGUGGAGCAAUUCCUAUGUGACCUCGACAAAGUUACGCGAAAACGAACUUUUCAGUUUGUGGCUGGUAUCGGAGAGCAACGGCAGCUACCACUGUGUUUUACGCUGACCGGUGAUCAUGUCUACGAUGUGAUCAAGGUGUCGCUUAGAAAGCGGCGUAAGUCCGCUAUAGAUAUCACAAAUGAACCGCCCAUUUCUGAAUCGAUUUCUUCAUCUGAGCCGCCCAGUUCUGAAUCAAUUGCUUCAUCUGAGCCUGCGAGCACUCCAAAACCUCUGUUAGCCCUGGAAUGGGAAUCAGAACAGCAACAGGAAUGGCCAGCGGAUUUUGAAGCUCUUCUCGAAGACGAGGAUGAAGAGAGUUGGUUUGGAAAGCCCACGAUGUCUGUGAUCAGCGAUAUCUGCGAGCUGACUUCGAAGUUGGGAAAUCGCGUGCCAAAGACUGCUAUGUUUCUGUGGGCUCAGUUUAUGCACCUGAUUUCCUGCAGCAAGAAGUUUCUUUCUUGCGAACGAAGCGAAGACCAAGGGAGUAACCCUAUGGAAGCAUUACGCGAACCCCCUCGGGGAUGUUACUUGAGCUUGUAUUGUAAGGACUUUAGCGAAGAAAGGAGCCGCGCCGUGGCGGAUAAGAAGACUAAAAAGCAGGACACCAAAAGAAACCUAAAACGCACCCAUGGGGCUCUUAUUGAAAAGUACCAAAACAACACCAACCGAAAGAGGGCUAUGGAUUCCAAGCGGUUUCAUCGGGGCGGUGGCAGAAGAGGAUGUUGA